AUGUUGCAUGCCUUUUCAUGUACUAGACAAGAUCCUCUCUACAUCCCCCAUGAAUGGUAUGAACCAGGUGAUUUCCUCAUUGGUGGGAUGGUGUCUCAUAUCCAUUACGUCUUCUUCAACAUUUUCUUUAACAAACACCCUUCUCAGGAGCCACUUAACAUCCCGAUAGUGGUGACCAAGUUCUACCAGCAUAUCCUAGCCUUGGUCUUUGCUAUUGAUGAGAUCAAUAACAAUCCCAAGAUUUUACCCAACGUUACUCUUGGGUUCCACAUCUUUGACAGCUACGGUGAUUCAAAGAUGAUUUACCGCACCAUUUUGGACCUGCUCUUCACUUCAUUCCAAAAGUUCAUUCCAAACUACAAAUGUGGUGGACCAAAAAAUGUAAUAGGAGUUAUUGGGGGAUUUGCCUCUGAUACAACCUCCCGCAUGGCAGAUAUCUUGUAUCUUUAUAAGAUUCCACAGAUUUCAUAUGGCUCAUUUGAACCAGUAUCCAAUGAUCAGAUCCAUUCUGCUACUUUUCUCCGCAUGGUUCCCAGUGAAUUACUUCAGUAUCAAGGACUUGUCCAAUUGCUUCUGUAUUUCCAAUGGUGGUGGAUUGGACUCAUGGCUACAGAUGAUGAGAGUGGAACUUAUUUCUUACGAACUGUUGAACAAAUACUUUUACAAAAAGGAAUCUGUCCAGCUUUCUCAGAAAGGUUGACAAAACAUAUCUAUUUUUUUGAUAAAAUAGAUACAAUGAUCUUUGACAGAAUUGACAUUUUAAAGAAUUUUAUGUUCAGUACAGCUAAAGUUGUCAUUGUUCAUGGAGAAACUGCAUCCAUUAUUUGGUUGACAGUUGCUAUACAAACAAGUCAGACCAUGCAUUACAUAUUUCCAUGGGAAAAAGGGAAAUACAGUCCAAAAAGGGUAUGGGUUACUACAGCCCAAAUUGAUUUCACCUUAUUUCACUUUCAAAAGAUUCUUGAUGUUAAACCCCAAAUCUUCCAUGGAGCUCUUUCUUUCAAUAUUCACUCAAAGCAAAUUAAAGGUUUUCAACAAUUUCUUGAGACUGUAAAUCCUUUUUGGGAAGAAAAAGAUGGUUUUAUCCAUGAAUUCUGGCAACAAGCAUUCAACUGUUUCCUUUUCAAAAUGAAUCUCUUAAAUCUCGUCUUUAAACCAUGUACUGGAAAGGAAACUUUAAAGGAUCUUCCUGCACCAUUCUUUGAAAUGAGCAUGCUAGGUCAUGGUUAUAGUAUCUAUAAUGCUGUCUAUGCAUUGGCUCAUACCUUACAUGCAAUGGACUCAACCAAAAUCAAGGACCGACCAGCACAGCAUGGAGGCAGACUGUCACCUCACAAUAUGAAACCUUGGCAGCUUGAUUCAUUCCUUAGGAGGAUUUCAUUCAACAAUAGUGCUGGAGAUGAAAUCAUGUUUAAUGAACAUGGAGAAUUUGCAAGUGGAUUUGAUAUUACAAACUUGGUCACUUUUUCUAAUAAUUCCUAUAUCAAGGUCCACGUUGGAAGGCUGGAUCCUCACAAAGGGUUUAUUAUUGAUGAGGACAAAAUUGAAUGGGAGAGAGAUUUCACUCAGGUACCACCUCUUUCCCUGUGUAAUGAAAAGUGCCAUCCUGGCUACAGUAAGAAAAAGAAGGAGGGGGAGAAAUUUUGCUGCUAUGAUUGUGCUCCAUGUCCAGAUGGAAUGUUCUCAAACGAGGAGGAUACAGCAAAAUGUUUCAGUUGCCCAGAGGGUCACUAUCCAAACAAAUUCCAGGAUCAAUGCCUUCCUAAAAUUCCAAACUUUCUUGGUUUUGAAGAUCCUUUGGCUAUCAUUGCAAUUUUCUCAGCACUUUUACUUUCUCUGAUCACAGUUCUUGCGCUAGGCAUCUUCUUGAAGCACCAUAAUACAGCCAUUGUGAAAGCCAACAAUCAAAGUCUCACUUAUCUUCUUCUCAUCUCCCUCCUUUUGUGUUUCCUCUGUCCCUUGCUGUUUAUUGGAAGGCCUAACCAAGCAACUUGCUUUCUUCGCCAGACCACUUUUGGUUUCAUCUUUUCUGUCUCCCUUUCUAGCAUUCUGGCCAAAACAAUUUCUGUGGUCUUGGCUUUCAUGGCUACCAAACCAGGAUCCAGGAUGAGGAAAUGGGUGGGGAAAAGACUGGCCUAUUCCAUUGUGUUCACCUGCUCCAUAUUUCAAGCAGGAAUCUGUGUUCUGUGGCUGGCAUUUUACCCCCCAUUCCUUGAUGUGGAUAUGCACUCAAUGACUGAGGAAGUUAUCAUUUUAUGUAAUGAAAACUCAGUUACCAUGUUUUAUUGCAUUUUGAGCUACAUGGGUUUUCUGGCUAUUAUCUGUUUCACUGUGGCCUUUCUAGCCAGGAAGUUGCCAGACAGUUUUAAUGAAGCUAAGUUCAUCACAUUCAGCAUGCUGGUAUUUUGCAGCGUUUGGUUGUCAUUCAUCCCAACCUAUUUGUGCACUAAAGGAAAAUACAUGGUGGUUGUGGAGAUCUUCUCCAUAUUGGCCUCCAGUGCUGGGUUAUUCAGUUGCAUCUUUUUUCCUAAAUGCUAUAUUAUUGUGGUAAGACCUGAAUUGAAUAAUCGAGAACAGCUUAUUCAAAGAAAGAUAUAA